AAUAUCUAAUAUUAGUUUUUCGAAAAGGUGAAAUAUUAAAAGUUGUCUUCUCCGCGCACUAUCUUGGCUCUUAGUAUGGGACGAGUUCGUCGUAUCCUCUUCAUUUUCAACAAAUAGAAAAACAGAAAAGCUCUUCCGAGGAAACUCAAAGAUCUCUGGAGAUUCUCUCCAAUGGCAGCCACAGUACUUGGCUCCGUCUUCGCUAUCUCUCCCGUCUCUACAGAAAGAGUCUGCAACGCUGACUUCCGCAGUACGAAGUCAAACCUACGAGGAAGAACGCAAGCUAUCAAAUCGGCAACACCGACGAAUCACGGUGGUGUUCGACGUGUACACAAGAACAAGGAGGGUGACGGAGAAGGAGCAAAGGUGGCUAAGUUGGUGGAGAGUCCGUAUUCGAAAGUGGAGGCUGCGCGUCCAGAUUUGCGGAAGAGGUUGUCGGAUUUUUUGGAGGAAGCGAGAGAUUUGGUCGGAGAUGAUGAUGGUCCGCCACGUUGGUUCUCUCCGUUGGAGUGUAGUACUCAGGCUCCAGGCUCGCCUCUUCUCCUUUUCAUACCUGGUAUUGAUGGUACUGGACUUGGGCUCAUUAGACACCACAAGAAACUCGGGGAGAUUUUUGAUGUAUGGUGCCUUCACAUUCCAGUCAGGGAUCGCACUCCUGCUAAAGACUUGGUGAAGCUUAUUGAGAAGACAGUAAAGUCAGAGAAUCAUAGUUUCCCAAAAAGACCUAUAUAUUUAGUUGGUGAAUCUAUUGGAGCAUGUCUUGCAUUAGACGUUGCAGCCAGGAAUCCCAACAUCGACCUUGCGCUCAUCUUGGCUAAUCCAGCCACACAUGUCAACAACUUCAUGUCGCAACCUCUAUCAGGAAUGCUGAAUGUUUUACCAGAUGGAGUUCCCACACUAUUGGAAGAAAUAUUUGGUUUUAAGCAAGGCGGUCCAGUGACUGCAAUGUUAGACGCUUUGACGAAUGAAUUUUAUGUCCACCAAAUGGGUGGAGUUAGUGGAGGGAUACUAAGAGAUAUCUUUGCAGUUUCAACUAAUCUUCCUACUUUGAGUAGGAUGUUCCCCAAGGACACACUUCUUUGGAAGCUGGAACUGCUUAAGUCUGCUGUUGCAUCUGCCAAUUCUCACAUACACGCGGUCAGAGCUGAAACACUCAUACUCUUAAGUGGACGCGAUCAAUGGCUGCUGAACGUGGAAGACAUUGACAGAUUGGCGCUCACAUUGCCAAAAUGUAUUGUCCGCAAGAUGAAAGACAAUGGACAGUUUCUGUUUUUCGAGGAGGGUGUAGAUCUGGUUACUAUCAUCAAGUGCACAUGUUUCUAUCGCCGUGGGAAGUCUCAUGACCACCUGUCAGAUUACAUCAUGCCUACCACAUUUGAGUUAAAACAACAAAUAGACGACCACAAAUUGCUAAUAGAUGCUACUUCUCCUGUAAUGCUAUCAACUCUAGCAAAUGGUAAAGUUGUAAGGAGCCUAGAAGGUUUACCUUCGGAAGGACCUGUUCUGUACGUUGGCUACCACAUGUUAUUGGGAUUUGAGCUAGCUCCAAUGGUAUCACAGCUCUUGAAAGAGAGAAACAUUCACUUGCGCGGUUUGGCACAUCCCAUGCUAUUUGUAAACAACCAAGAUGCGUUGGUUGACACACAGAUGUUUGAUAAAUACAAAAUAAUGGGUGGAGUUCCUGUCUCCAACUUCAAUAUCUACAAGUUACUGAGUUUAAAGUCUCAUGUCCUUUUGUACCCUGGAGGUGUCCGUGAAGCUCUCCAUAGAAAGGGUGAAGAAUACAAGUUGUUUUGGCCAGAGCAACCUGAGUUUGUGAGAGUUGCAUCUAAAUUUGGAGCGAAAAUAGUCCCUUUUGGUGUUGUUGGAGAAGAUGACAUCUUUGACAUUGUACUGGAUGGUAAUGAUCAAAAGAACAUCCCUAUCCUAAAGGAUUUGAUGGCAGAGGCAACAAAGCAAGCUGGAAACUUAAGGGAAGGUGAUGAGAGUGAAUUGGGAAACCAAGAUUGCUAUUUCCCAGGACUUUUACCUAAGAUUCCGGGGAGGUUCUACUACUACUUUGGUAAACCAAUAGAAACAGCAGGUAGGGAACAAGAGCUAAAAGACAAAGAGAAGGCUCAAGAGUUUUACUUGCAAGUCAAGUCAGAGGUGGAAGAGUGCAUUGCCUAUUUGAAAAUGAAAAGAGAGAGUGAUCCCUACAGGCACUUGUUGCCAAGGGUCUUGUAUCAGGCUUCACAUGGUUUCUCUUCUGAAAUUCCUACGUUUGAGCUCUGAAAUUCUCUUUUCAAUUUGUUUACAAUAUAGAAUAAUUAAUGUGGCUAUGUUGUAAGUAGACACAUUCAAUUAUGAUUCAUGAUAUUUAGAUGUUUUUUUUUUUAAUUUUCAUGAACCAUGGAAGUCUUAAUAAGGUUGUUCUUCA